ACUCGCACCGAGCAGACCCCGCGGCUUCCGUAGACCAUCCACCCAGCGUGUGUGUGUUUGCUGUAAAUGACACAGGAGUGUUUCCAUGCUGGAGGACAGUGUUUGUUGUGUGUGUGUUUGUGUGUUUGUCAACGCACAGGACUACACAACCCUGCACCUGAGUUUUGGGAAACUUCACCUGAGGACGAGCAUCGCAUGAACGCGUGCAGAUAAAAGCAGUGGAUGAAACUUCUCUCCAUUCGUAGGAGAAAGGCGGACGAGAGGAAGACGACCCCGGCUGCUUCCGCCUCGGCCGACGUCUCCUCCGAACGCACCAUGUCCCUCAGCACUUUCCACCUCGUGCAAACGCUAAAGAACUCGCCCGCCGCCUUCCGCCGCCGCUUCCGCCGCGACCGCACCGAGUCCCUGUCCCACGGCGACCCGCUCUUCAAGGUCCACUACCUGGGCACGGAGAAGAUCUUCUCCCUGGACCGAGAGCAGGCCCAGGACGCCAUCAGCCACCUGCUGGACGGCAUCGCCAACGGCAAGAAGCUGAGCAAGGACCACGCCCUGGUGGUGCGCCCGCGCUACGUGGAGGUCAAGGAGCUGAGCACCGGGCGGCAGCUCACCAAGACGUACCUGCAGGACAUCGCCUACUGCGCCGCCGACGCCACCCGGCCCAACGUCUUCCUGUACAUCUGCAAGCACCAGGGCCAGCAGCUGCAGUGCCGGGUGUUCUGGUGCAGCCGGGCGGAGCGGGCGCGGGACAUGACGGCGUGCCUGGCCCACUCCUUCCAGCAGGCGCUCAGCGACCUGCAGCAGGACGGCUCGGCCACGCUGACGCCCGGGGAGGCCAAGGGGAAACGGGGGGAGGAGUCGUCCAACUCGCCCACCCUCAGCAAGAGCUCCACCCUACCACCCAGUCUGGGGAAAGUUCGCUGGAAGAAGCGCGGCUCCGUGUCACGCAGCCCCCUGAGGGCCAUCACCAGGAGAGGCUCCGCCUCCGACAGCUGGAACUGAACCCCUCGAACACGAUGGGAUCACAACGACGUAACGACAACCUCGACGACGACAGCACUGACGGGAGGGAGGGAGAGAAUUAUACAAGACAGAAGAGAAGGAAGGACGACAGGGGGGGGGGAAGUCCAUAUUUGGACAGCGUGUGUGAGAGGACUCUGCUUGUGAGAGGAUGAUGAGUGUGUGGAUUCGGAGGUUCGUGUCGCAGCGCAGGCGUCUGUUGACGUGCGGCGUCCACGGCAGCACGCCACGCCACUGACGGCGUCCUUUGUUCGCCUGUCAGCGCUCCUCUGAGGACGUGUGGCUGCCGCUGAGACGUUUGAGGACCAGACUGAGUCACGUCUGAGGCUCUCUCGUCAGCUGGUUUGUUUCCAAGGAGACCACUUGAUGCUGAAGCCUCCGAAGAUGUGUUACGUGUUGGGAAAAGACGAUUAAACCCAACAACGACGCUGGUUGUCGGCCGAGUGACGCAGGGAAAACUGGAAAAAGACGACGAGAGACCUGAUGUUUCUCAAUCCUGAGUUUCUUUUUUAUUUAACUGACAUUCGUGACUGGUCAUGAAGAUUUUUAUUUGGACUGACAAAAGCACACUUUUAAUCCACGGCAGUUUUGAACAAGUAGAUCUAGAUACAGCAGAAGAUAACAGAGGACAAUGCUGGCAGACACAAGUGGUCGUCUGUCUCACACACAAGUCAUUUCCGAGCACUUUCCAAGUUUCCAACUGUAAAAUCUGACACCUGAACACAUCACAGUUCAAUCCUUAUGUAUGGAAACACAGGUGUUAUAAUUUCCUCCUGGGUUUGCGUGUGUUUUUUCUGAGUUGUGGCGACGGGCCGCUUACCUGCGUCACAAACAUUGAAUAAUUUGCAGAAUUUGCAGGGUCAACAGUUUCCUGCAAAACCACAGCUCCCGACUUUUCCACAAAGAUAAAUGAUUUGCAUUUCUCUGUGAUAAAAACCCGUUGGGCCAUGAGUCGCCGGUUUGUUUGUGUCCGAACACUGGGAACGCUGUGUUCCCGAGCGGAGGAAUGCACCUGCAUUCCAGGGUAGGAAAUCUGAGAUGGCGAAUCUUCUCAAAAAAAGCGCCCGGACUUCUUCUCCACAUCCGCCCGUGACUCUGCAUUCAGAGCCGCCUCACGAGUACACGUCAGAAUGUGCUGCUUGAACUCCCAGGACCUCGACUUGUUCACAUUACCAAACGCCAUAAAAGGUUCCCUCACAACUCCUGAGUCCGUUCUGAGUGGCGGUGGUGGGAUCUGAUGCGUGCAGUAUUGCGUAACCUCCUCUCACGAUGGCGAUUUCUGUCUCCGGUUUACAAAUGAGAGACGUGAGGAUCAGUGCUGGAACCCCGAGGCCGCCGCCCACUUCUUAUCUUUCUUACUUUCUGACCAAAACUAAGCUAUAGGAAGGUUCCUGUGUGUGUUUUAUUGUUCUGACUGCUGUGCCACUUUUGUACUCUCAAUGUAUCUUUUACAAACGGCACAACCCUCGCCUCAGAUUGAAGUGCCUGCUUUAAGAUUUAUUUUUAUCGAUGUACUGUUUUUGUCUUUGUACAUAUUUAAUUAAAUGUGUAUUUUAUGGAUUAUUAAAAGUUUUUAUACGA